AUGAAGUUCACCGCCCUCUCCGCCAUUCUUCUCGCCGCCUCCGCUGUGCAUGCUCAGAGCACGACGAGCUCCGCGAGCACCUCAAUCCCGUCGGGCGUCACUCCCUGCAUCCUCAACUGCGUCUCCCAGGCCGCCUCCGCCGCCGGCUGCAGUGGCUUCUCGGACCUCGCGUGCGUGUGCACCAACACCCAGUUCCAGCAGCAGGCCCAAAGCUGCCUCGAGAGCUCCUGCACCCCCGCCGAGGUCGCCGCCGCACAGGCCCUCCAGAGCUCCGAGUGCCUCGCAGACGUCCCGCGCACGCCCCAUGUGGUCGCGCGCUUCCGCAAGGUGCCCGCGCUGCAGUCAGAGCAGGCGGUCAUGUGCGUGUCGCACCUCGCAGCGUUCCCAUUCUCGAGCGCCGUUUCCUCUGUCGCCUCGUCUAUUACCUCCUCCGCGUCCUCCGCCAUCAGCUCCAAGCUUUCCUCCGCCGGCUCUUCCCUCAGCUCCGCCGCGGCCUCCCUCACAUCAGGCACGUCCGCAUCGGGAUCGAACACCGGGGCCGCCCGGACGUCCAGCGCGGCGGGCGCGCUCCGUGCCGAGUGGGGGCUCGCGCGCGGCGGCGCGGCGGCUCUCGCGGUGGCCGUCGUCGGUGUCGUCGCGGGCGCGGCGAUGGUGUUCUGA